UGCUCUGCGGGUCAGUCCUUCCUCUCCGUCCAGACCGUGUAAUCAAACACAGAAAGACUGAGACCAUCAGCACCUAGGCAGCUGUUUCUGCUAAAAUGACUCUCAGUCGCCUGUUUUCCCGGGCUGUCCACAUUAACAGAGCUGGUUCCAGAUCAGCUUUCACCAGCUCCAAGCCGGACACAGCCAACCCCAACUGGCUGCGAGUGGGUCUUGCAUUUGGAACUUCAGCUCUCCUUUGGGGCCUGCUUUUCAAACAGCACAGCACGGAUGUCCACGAGUACAAAGUGAGGAAUGGCCUUCAAUGACCUAAACCGAUGGCAGGAGGCGACUGGGUCCUCUCUGCUGGACACACCUGCUUCUACUUGUCUCCUGCAUUCGUCUGCCUGAACUGUGUAAAAUAAAAUAAAUGUCACGUUAACUGUUGA